GGUGAUGUUUCACGCCAGACAAUCGGCAUCAUUUCACACUAACGAUAAUUGAUUUAGCUAGUUUUUAUCGAAAUAGAUAGUUUGCUUAACAAGACAGCUAGCUAGCUACAAUAUCAAGUAGCCAACAUUCGAUCAGCUGACAUGCGCCAUCUUUCAGAUCAUGUGACCAAACGCCCUGUGUGUCGGAAGUGGUCUUGAAAUAGCUGGCAUUAGCAGUUCACUUGUAUUGAACCAGAAAUUGAUUCUUCCUCUCACAUCCAGUACAAUAUCGACGUGGAUGGUAGGAAAAUUACUGCUCUGCCAAGAGAUGCCCCUCCAGCGAACUCCUUUGAUGUAAAGACUACCGAGGCAGGAAUCACCGCUUUACAGUGGCUCUGUAGGAGGAAUCAGAGAGAGGAGGGCAGCAGGAGGAUCCACCCAACGCCAGCGGACCAACCAUGACCUCCAACACUGACAAUCGCCAAGAUGGUCCAGGUCCAGUUCUCUCCAGGAUAUCAGCGAGCACCUCUGAGGCGGAUGUUCUCUGUCCUGCUCCACCUCUUCCCCCCGGACCUGAUUCUCAGUACGAGAGAAUUGGAGGUCGAACUGGGACUUCUUUUUUCCAGACCCUGAUCCACCUCUUGAAGGGGAACAUCGGAACAGGGCUGCUUGGCCUACCUCUGGCUGUCCGGAACGCAGGCCUGGUGCUAGGGCCUCUGAGUCUGUUUGCCAUGGGGAUAAUAGCAGUCCACUGUAUGAACCUGCUUGUAAAAUGUUCCCACCACCUCAGUGCCAAGUUGAACAAGCCCUUUCUGGACUAUGGUGAUGCUGUGCAGUAUGGUAUGGAGAAUGUCUCGUGGCUGAGAAGGCACUCAAUAUGGGGGAGGCGGAUAGUGAACGUGUUUCUGAUCAUCACCCAGCUGGGUUUCUGCUGCGUUUACUUCGUCUUUCUCAGUGACAACAUCAAACAGGUGGUGGAGUCUUCUAACGGGACAACCAUGAGCUGUCACAACAACCAGACGGCAGUCACCGUCCCCAGCUUCGACUCCCGUCUCUACAUGUUGUGUUUCCUGCCAGCCGUUAUACUCCUGGUGUUCACCCCCAACCUGAAGUACCUGGCCCCCCUCUCUCUGGUAGCCAACCUGGCCAUGUGUACUAGCCUGGUCCUCAUCUACUUCUACUGCUUCACGAACAUCCCAAAUCAUAUCAACCUGCCGAAGGUGGGUCAUGCCAAAGACUACCCUCUCUUCUUUGGAACGGCCAUCUUUGCAUUCGAGGGGAUAGGCGUGGUCCUGCCCCUGGAGAAUAAGAUGCAGAUGCCUCAGAGUUUCAGUAGGGUUCUAUAUCUGGGAAUGGGCAUCGUCACCUUCCUCUACAUCAGCUUGGGGACCGUAGGUUACAUCACCUUUGGAGAGGCCAUAGGGGGAAGUGUCACCCUCAACCUACCCAACUGCUGGAUGUAUCAGAUUGUAAAGCUGCUCUACUGUUUCGGUAUCUACAUCACCUUUGCCCUUCAGUUCUAUGUGCCAGCUGAGAUCCUGAUUCCUCCGGUGGUAUCCCGCGUCUCAGAGAGAUGGGAACUGCCGGUUGAUCUCCUGAUCCGCACUACGCUCGUCAUCUUCACCUUCGAUAUAUCUGAAUGGCCAGAUGUGACGUCAAAGCAGUGGGAAAAUGUCAAGAAGCAACGCUUUUAUUCUCGCAGAUCCAUGGUCAUUUCAGACUGCGUCUAUUCUGAUUGAAGACUUCAAAUUAACUUUGUUUAGGCUACUGAAGUAGGCUGGACCACUGGCUCCACCACCACUAACAGUAGGCUGGACCACUGGCCACCACCACUAACAGUAGGCUGGACCACUGGCCCCCACCACCACUAACAGUAGACUGGACCACUGGCCCCCACCACCACUAACAGUAGGCUGGACCACUGGCCACCACCACCACUAACAGUAGGCUGGACCACAGGACCCCACCACCACUAACAGUAGGCUGGACCACUGGCCACCACCACCACUAACAGUAGGCUGGACCACUGGCCCCCACCACCACUAACAGUAGGCUGGACCACUGGACCCCACCACCACUAGCAGUAGGCUGGACCACAGGACCCCACCACCACUAGCAAUAGACUGGACCACUGGCCACCACCACUAACAGUAGGCUGGACCCCACCACCACUAACAGUAGGCUGGACCACUGGACCCCACCACCACUAGCAAUAGACUGGACCACUGGCCACCACCACUAACAGUAGGCUGGACCACUGGCCACCACCACCACUAGCAGUAGGCUGGACCACUGGCCCCCACCACCACUAGCAAUAGACUGGACCACUGGCCACCACCACUAACAGUAGGCUGGACCACUGGCCCCCACCACCACUAGCAAUAGACUGGACCACUGGCCACCACCACUAACAGUAGGCUGGACCACUGGCCACCACCACCACUAGCAGUAGGCUGGACCACUGGCCCCCACCACCACUAGCAGAAGGCUGGACCACUGGCCCCCACCACCACUAACAGUAGACUGGACCACUGGCCCCCACCACCACUAGCAGUAGGCUGGACCACUGGCCCCCACCACCACUAGCAGUAGGCUGGACCACAGGACCCCACCACCACUAGCAAUAGACUGGACCACUGGCCACCACCACUAACACUAGGCUGGACCACUGGCCCCCACCACCACUAGGCUGGACCACUGGCCCCCACCACCACUAGCAGUAGGCUGGACCACUGGACCCCACCACCACUAGCAGUAGGCUGGACCACUGGCCCCCACCACCACUAGCAGUAGGCUGGACCACUGGCCCCCACCAUCACUAGCAGUAGGCUGGACCACAGUGGACCACUGGCCACCACCACUAACAGUAGGCUGGACCACUGGACCCCACCACCACUAGCAAUAGACUGGACCACUGGACCCCACCACCACUAACAGAAGGCUGGACCACUGGCCACCACCACUAACAGUAGGCUGGACCACUGGCCCCCACCACCACUAGCAAUAGACUGGACCACUGGACCCCACCACCACUAACAGUAGGCUGGACCACUGGCCCCCACCACCACUAACAGUAGGCUGGACCACUGGACCCCACCACCACUAGCAAUAGGCUGGACCACUGGCCCCCACCACCACUAACAGUAGGCUGGACCACAGGACCCCACCACCACUAGCAGUAGGCUGGACCACUGGACCCCACCACCACUAGCAGUAGGCUGGACCACUGGCCCCCACCACCACUAGCAGUAGACUGGACCACUGGACCCCACCACCACUAACAGUAGACUGGACCACUGGACCCCACCACCACUAACAGUAGGCUGGACCACAGGACCCCACCACCACUAGCAGUAGGCUGGACCACUGAACCCCACCACCACUAGCAGUAGGCUGGACCACAGGACCCCACCACCACUAGUCCUCAUUCUUAUAUUUCUUGUUUGAAGGGAGCUCUCUACUCCAGUGCAUCAUAGAGAUCUAAUUGUUGGUGGGUUGUUGCUUCUUGUAGCCAAAACUGUUUAUUUAUGCAUCCAUGUGUUUAAUCAUUUAUCUAACUCACACAGUAAGGACGGAUGUAUAAUGAUACCUAUUGUCUUCAGCUGUCAACGUUUGCCUAAUGCAUUCUGUCUUAAAGUUGUCCAAAAUGACUGGGGUUUGUAGGCCUCAGCCAAAGUAGUGCUGCAAGCAGACGACGGAAGGGAUCUUCACAUUUAAUGAAUGAACAAAUGGAUGAGUUGUAAAACGGCAGAUGAGGAAAGCGACGAAUCCCAGGAUCCUAAACCCCUCUGUGCUGCAGGCCCCAGGGUGAUGAGGCUAGCGUUUCUGUUGCUGUGUCUCCUGAUGGAAAAAGGAGAGGACGUUGCGUGAGCCUCCUAAGUCCUCUACCUUGUCUGAGAGCACGGGGCAGAGAGCCAUGGCAAGCGACCAGAGGGGGUGUACUGCCAUCCUGGGCCUGAUCGACCCGCAUGAGGAGGAUAGUGUCCACACAGACCCUGUCACCCCCCCCUACAGACCCUCUGCUCUCAAACCCAAUCCCUCCUCAUUUGUUCCCGUCUUCCUCCCUCACAAAGAGAAAAUACCCCAAGCUCAAAGUGACACCUGGGUUAAAGAACACGGAAGGUCACUGAAGGUUCAGAGAAUGCCGGGGAGAUAAAGGUAAAAGGUCCCUCAUGUGACCUAUCUAGUGUUCUCAGUUCUACUGUGGAUGGGCAUUCCUGUGUUGAGGUUGUGAGUAAUAGCUGUGCAUCUGAUCUGAUGAAAAUGAUAUGUUGUGUUGGUUGGGUGCAUCUCAAAAGCAUUUACUGGCCUCCCAUGUGUCCGUUGAUGAUACUGUGAUUACUGUGUGGCUCUUAUUCGCCCAUUUUUAAAGAAUGUGUCUGCAUUUGAAAAACGUACAUAUUGCAAGCGACCUGAACUGAUUUUCACCCCUGCUUCUCUGCUCUUCUCCUCUCACUCUCUCAGGCGCUCUUUCUCUCUCAGCCAUGGUAGAUUGAAAGUCAAGCUGUAACGAGUAGAGUAGCUGUAGAAAAGGGAUUUCUCUGUAUCGUGAAUAAACCUGACUAAGAGCUUUGUGUUGAGAGAACAUGAGAAUGGAAGGCUCUGAAUAAAUAACUACAAAAUAAAAAUCACUAAUGAACCUGUCUCUGAACCUCAUUCACAAACUGUGUCUGCUUCUGCCUU